AAAGCUAGAACUUUCAACAUCAAUACCCCUUCAUACGACGACAUAUCCGCAAUCAUGGGCAAAGCAAAGACCACACGCAAGUUCGCCGCCGUCAAGCGGAUGAUCAAACCCUCAGACCCGAGGUUGAAGGAGAACGUGGAAAAGGCGAAGAAGAAGGAAGAGGUCGAAAAGAAGAAGGAGGAGAAGAAGAGGGUUAACCCGCUCCCUGCCUCCCUCUUCUUGUCUCACAACGAAUCCCUCGGCCCGCCUUACCGCGUACUGGUAGAUACAAACUUUAUCAACUUUUCGCUUCAGAACAAGAUCGAGUUGGUCCAGGGGAUGAUGGACUGUCUGAUGGCGAAGUGUAUCCCGACGAUCACGGAUUGCGUAUUAGCAGAGUUGGAGAAGCUCGGACCUCGAUAUCGAAUGGCAUUGAAGGUGGCAAGGGAUCCGAGAUUCGAUAGGUUGCCUUGUUCCCAUCAAGGAACGUAUGCGGACGACUGUCUCGUCAACCGAGUGACUGUCAACAAGUGUUACGUUGUCGCCACCUGUGAUCGAGACUUGAGGAGGAGGUUGAGAAAGGUACCCGGUGUACCGCUCAUGUACGUCGCACGAAGAAAAUACCAGAUCGAGAGGUUGCCGGAUGGCGGAGCUGGUUUCAACUAGGUCCUCCCAGCAGAUCCGUUUAGAUUCGGUUUUUGUUACUUGUUGUAUCCCAUAUCAUCUGGCUGGUCUUUUCGAUUACGAUAAUAUGCUCGCACUG